AUGGCUGGUUUACAGAAAUCCGACAGAGACAGACGUCCGUCAUUCAAUUCCGGUAAACUGGUCCGCUCGCAGAAGAUUAUCCAGCUCGACCCUUCUGAUACAAAACAUCCAGAUAUUCCCGAAGACUCAGAGCCGCCACGAGAGGCUCGAGAGCAUGCCUCCUCGAACCGCAGUCAUACGCCGGGCCAUCUAUCAACCAAGAGCCAGGACCGGCGAAAGAAGGCAUCCGACCUGGCCCUACGUCAACGCUCCCAGUCACUCCACCAAACACAAAAGGAGGAUUCUCACGAGUCUUCCAAAACGGCCAGGUCGCCAUCUGUCCAUACAAACAAUGACAAACCACCACCCAGACCAGACAACCCCCUCUCGCCAGCAGUCACAAGUAUCUCUACUACCCCUUUGGCACACGUAACUUCAAUGGGCUCACGUCCAAAUAACCUGCGUUCGACGUCUGCAAUAGCAGCCAAACCCAGACUCCCCGAUGGCACCCCGUCUCCGUCACCUGCACGAAAUACUACUCCAGCUCAACGUCCUGCACGCGGUCCCCACGUUGCUUUUCCCCCUUUGCCCGACCCGAAGACAGCACCAGAUGUGCAGCCUGCUCCUGCAAGUGGCAUGUACUGGUCGCGUGCCCCGGUUUCCGGAGCUCCUCAUACCGCCCUGCGAGCACAUACGAGUACAUUGGUUGGGUCAAAUAUUUACAUAUUUGGUGGCUGUGAUUCUCGGAGUUGUUUCAACGAACUAUAUGUGCUGGAUGCUGAUGCGUUUUACUUCUCAAGCCCCUUUGUUUGUGGAGACAUACCCGUGCCUUUACGAGCAAUGACAUGUACAGCGGUCGGGAAGAAGUUGGUGGUCUUUGGAGGGGGUGAUGGACCAGCUUAUUAUAACGAUGUCUACGUGCUGGAUACCGUCAACUUCAGAUGGAGUAAGCCGAUAAUAGGGGGAGAACGGCAGCCCAGUAAACGAAGGGCGCACACGGCAUGUUUAUACCGCAACGGAAUCUACGUGUUCGGAGGAGGUGAUGGAGUUCGUGCUUUGAACGACGUAUGGAGACUUGAUGUUGCAGACACCAAUAAAAUGUCAUGGAAACUCAUUUCGGCCCCCUCCUCGGGUUCGAUAGAGGACAAAACGAAACCCAAAGCUCGAGGGUACCACACAGCCAACAUGGUUGGUAGCAAGCUUAUUAUAUUUGGUGGAUCGGAUGGCGGGGAGUGUUUUCGAGAUGUAUGGGUAUUUGAUGUGGAAGCACUCACCUUCUCUCCAGUGCAUAUUCCCCUCUCAUAUCCUCGACUUUCACAUACGGCUACAAUUGUCGGAUCAUACCUCUUUGUGAUAGGGGGACAUGACGGGGUGGAAUAUUCAAAUGAGGUGUUACUGUUGAACCUAGUAACCAUGGUAUGGGACAAACGAAAAAUAUAUGGGCAACCCCCUAAACCUCGAGGUUACCAUGGAGCUGUACUACACGAUAGCCGACUUGUCGUUGUGGGUGGGUUUGACGGUGGCGAAGUAUUCGGGGAUGUUCAGAUUUUGGAGUUGGCGGUUCAUGCCUAUUAUAGCCAAAUUAGUCAUUUUAGUAUUGAUGUUUAG